AUGUACUCGGCAGGCCUCGAGAUACUGGGGAUGACUCUGUCCGUGGCGGGGUGGCUGGGGGUCAUGGUGGCCUGCUUCCUGCCCAUGUGGAGGGUGGCAGCGUUCGUGGGGCAGAACAUCGUGAUCGCCCAGGUGAUCUGGGAGGGCCUGUGGAUGGACUGUGUGGUGCAGAGCACCGGGCAGAUGCACUGCAGGGUGUACGACUCCAUGCUGGGGCUGCCGGAGGACCUGCAGGCGGCGCGGGCGCUGACCAUCGUCUCCAUGCUCCUGUGCGUGGUGGGCAUCAUCCUCUCGGUGGCCGGGGCCAAGUGCACCAACUGCACGGCGGACGUGGCCAGCAAACCCCACGUCAUCCUGAGUGCCGGGGUCGUCUUCAUUGUUGCUGGGCUGCUGGAGCUGGUGGCCGUCUCCUGGACCGCCAACGUCAUCGUCGCCGACUUCUACAACCCGCUGCUGGGAGAGACGCAGAAGAGGGAGUUCGGGAACUCACUGUACUUCGGCUGGGGCGCGUCCUCCCUCCUGAUCCUAGGGGGAGCCCUUCUGUGCUGCUCCUGUCCGCCCGGGGCGAGGGCGCCGGAUUUUGGAGGGUCCAGGGUGGAUUACUCAGCCGGAAAGCCAGCCUCUGCCACAGGGCAGGUUCAUAAGGACUACGUGUGA